ACACGCGCGCUCUCUCAGUCUCCAGAGCAUCAUCGUCACAGUUCCUGUCUCCCUUUUCAGAGACCAGCUUCCGGGAAGAGAAAACCAUCAGACGAUGAUCGUAGAAAACUUGUGGCUACGAACAGGGGAAAGCGAGGUUGUCUCAUGGAUCAAGAUGACUGCGAUCAUCCUAAUUCUCCCCAAGAAGUGCGGUGGUGUUAUCUCUUCUGUGUGGGUUUGUUUUGGGUAAGGACUGCACUAACAAGCCUGAUGAGAUAGCAUCAAACACUGUUCAAGCUGAGCUGGUGACUACCACGAAUACAACAUGGAAGAGAAACUUGUUAGCGCAAUACCAUGAGUACACAGGGAAACACAUGGGUUGUUCUGUUGAGGUGUCUCCGGCCAAUUUCGGUGAGAGAAGGCAAUUGAAUGCGGCGAAUUGGGCGAUGGUGUCCAAGAAACUGAAUACUUCAGUUGGUUUUAAAGUGCCUGCAACCCUCAAGGAUGUGUCUCUCCAUGAUGUGAGACUUAAUGACCCUUCAUCAAUUCAUUGGCAGGCUCAGCAGACAAACUUGGAAUACUUAUUGAUGUUAGAACCUGAUAGCUUGGUUUGGAGCUUUAGGAAGACGGCUGGUUUGCCUACUCCCGGUAGGCCAUAUGGAGGUUGGGAGCAUCCGAAAUAUGACCUCCGGGGCCAUUUUGUAGGGCAUUACCUGAGUGGCGCAGCUUUAAUGUGGGCGAGCACUCAUAAUAGUACUCUCAAAGAGAAAAUGAAUGCAGUAGUUUCUGCGCUCGCUGCCUGUCAGAAUAAAAUUGGUACAGGGUAUAUAUCUGCUUACCCAGAUGAGUUUUUUGACCGUUACGAAUCUGGAAAAUAUGUGUGGGCACCAUACUACACCAUGCACAAGAUAUUGGCAGGUCUGUUUGAUCAAUACAAAUACGCGGGUAAUGAUCAGGCUCUAAAAAUGAUGAUUCGUAAGGUGCAAUACUUUUACAAGCGUGUGCAAAAUAUGAUAUCAAAGCAGAGUCUAGAAGCACACUAUAAAUUAUUAAAUACAGAAGUUGGCGGCAUGAGUGAUAUCCUUUAUCAGUUAUACAGUGUAACGCAUGAUCAAAAGCAUUUAUUGAUGGCUCAUCUUUUUGACAAACCCUGUUUCCUAGGAAUCCUUGCAUUAAAGAUGGAUGAUAUAGCUCGGUUUCAUACCAAUACACAUAUUCCACAUGUUAUUGGAGCUCAAAUGCGGUACGAAGUUACUGGUGAUCCACUUUACAGGGACAUGGCUACUUUCUUCAUGGAGAUUCUUGACUCUUCUCACACCUAUGCAACUGGAGGGACAUCAGUUGACGAGUUCUGGGCAGACCCAAAGCGACUGGGAGACACUCUGGGACGAGAAAAUGAAGAAUCAUGUGCAACUCAUAACAUGCUGAAGGUGUCACGCAACCUGUUUAGAUGGACCAAAGAAAUCACAUAUGCAGAUUAUUAUGAGCGUGCCCUAACCAAUGGUGUGCUGGUCGUCCUGCGGGCAGGGCAUCCUGGACAAUUUAUCUACAGGCUACCCCUAUGUAGUGGAUGUUCUAAGACCGUUAGCCACUAUGGAUGGGGAACAAAGUUUGAUUCUUUUUGGUGCUGCUACGGGACAGGAGUUGAGUCAUUCUCAAAGUUAGGAGAUUCGAUAUACUUUGAAGAAGAGGGGAAAGCUCCGGGGCUUUACAUCAUCCAGUACAUAUCGAGCUCGCUUGAUUGGAAAUCUGGAAAGAUUUUUAUAAAUCAGAUAGUAAAACCUGUUUUUUCUUGGGAUUCUCGUCUUCAAGUGACACUGACAAUCUCCUCGAAGGAGAAAGGGGCAAGCCAAUCAUCUACCAUAAAUUUGCGAAUUCCAAAUUGGGCACCGGCAAAUGGUGUUAAGGCAACUUUAAAUGGCCAGGGUUUGCCUCAACCAACUCCAGGUAAAUUUCUCAGAGUCAGUAGACAAUGGAAUUCUGGUGACAAAAUCACUCUUGAACUGCCCCUCAACCUUAGAACUGAGAACAUUAAAGAUGAUCGGCCUGAAUAUGCCACCGUUCAGGCAAUUCUUUAUGGCCCUUACCUUCUAGCUGGGAUGACGAGCAAAGAAAAAGACUGGAACCUCAAAACAGGAAAAGCCAAGUCCCUCUCGGAAUGGAUCACUCCAAUUCCAGCGGAAUAUUAUUCUAAUUUGAUUUCUCUCUCCCAAGGUUCUGGAGAGUCAGUGUCAGCAUUUUCACUAUCAAACACAACCCAUACAAUCAAAAUGAUGCCGUUUCCUGAGCCCCACAAUGAUUGGUCCAUAAGGGCCACUUUUAGACUCAUCUUAAAGGACUCAGCUGCUUCCCCGAAACAGUUUGCACCAAAAGAUGCUAUUGGGAAAUUGGUGAUGCUGGAACCAUUUGAUUUUCCAGGUACUGUUGUUCUACACCAAGGAAAUAACGGAAACCUUUCAGUUACAGCUUCAGUUGGAGCUCCCGCCACUCAGAAUUCUGUUUUCCAGUUGGCUCCGGGAUUGAAUGGGAAGCCCGGAACAGUUUCAUUAGAGUCCAGUAGCCAGAAGGGUUGCUUGGUGUGCAGUGAGGGUAUUCCUGGGGAAAAAUCUACUGUUCGUAAAUUUAUCAAGCUCCGGUGCCAAUCUGCUGGGGCACCACCAGAUGCUGGAUUCAAGGAGGCAGCCAGCUUUGUGUUGACUAAUGGAAUAAGUUCAUAUCAUCCUAUCAGUUUUGUGGCCAAAGGCGCGGGAAGGAAUUUUCUUCUCACUCCAUUUCAUAACUUCAUGGAUGAAUCUUACACACCAUACUUUGAUAUCAAACCUUAAGGACUUCAACUACCAUUGAAGUGAUGGCACAAUAAGAUUUUUCUGUUGUUCUGCUUC